AAAGGCAGCAAGUACGUGGUGUUUUACCUGGACCUGUCCUUUGUGUUCCUCCUAGAAUUUAAGAAGUGCAACAUGGCCAGGGGCUGCCUCUGCUGUUUGAAGUACAUGAUGUUCCUCUUCAAUUUGAUAUUCUGGCUCUGUGGCUGCGGGCUGCUUGGAGUGGGCAUCUGGCUCUCCGUGUCCCAGGGCAACUUUGCCACCUUCUCCCCCAGCUUCCCCUCGCUGUCUGCAGCCAACCUGGUCAUUGCCAUCGGCACCAUUGUCAUGGUGACAGGCUUCCUCGGCUGCCUGGGGGCCAUCAAGGAAAACAAGUGCCUCCUGCUCAGUUUUUUCAUCGUUCUGUUGAUCAUCCUCCUGGCAGAGCUGAUCUUGCUCAUCCUCUUCUUCGUCUACAUGGACAAGGUGAACGAGAGUGCCAAGAAGGACCUGAAGGAAGGCCUGCUGCUGUAUAACACUGAGAACAACGUGGGGCUGAAGAACGCCUGGAACAUCAUCCAGGCCGAGAUGCGCUGCUGCGGUGUCACCGACUACACGGACUGGUACCCAGUGCUGGGGGAGAACACGGUUCCCGACCGCUGCUGCAUGGAGAACUCCCAGGGCUGUGGGCGCAACGCCACCGCCCCCUUGUGGUGGAGAACGGGCUGCUAUGAGAAGGUGAAGAUGUGGUUUGAUGACAACAAGCACGUGCUUGGCACGGUGGGGAUGUGCAUCCUCAUCAUGCAGGUAAGUGGGCACCGGAUCCUGUCACCCCAGCCCACACGGGCGGGGGAGCAGAGGAAGCUCCGAGAAGUCAAUUCACUUGGUGCAUGGCCCAGCAUCGGAUCUAUCAAAGAGCUGUCACACUGUCGUGACACUCUUGCACUCACAGUGAGCAAGAUCCCACUCAGCACUGAGAACAGGCUCAUCUCAGGGCUGCCCAUGGCCAGGCCUAGACCAGAAUGUUGGAGCCAGGCUCGUCUGCUUCAGCUAUGCCCAAACCUUGAGCUGCGGGAGCCGUGGAAGGCACACACGGUGCCCCUGGCCACUGUCUUUACAGUCUGUGCAUGUGGCCCACGAUCUGUGCUGACUAUGAGGACACAGCUGAUGUCCUGCGUGUCUCUGGGCCCCAUCCUCUCUCAGGAUUCAGGAGUUGAGGGACAUAAACAGCAUCAUGGGUGAGACAGAUCUGCUGUGACCAAAGACCUCCCCUCACGCGUUACAAAGCCACACAGGAGCGAGUCGGCGUGAGUUUCUGAUCACCCCGCCGCCUUCUUCUGCCACUCUCAUUAGCUCUCAUUAGGGCCAGGGCCUCCAUGCACCGGUCCUCACAACAGCCCUCUGAAACAGGCGUGCUGGCGAGCCUUGGAGAGAUGCGGUGGCAUUCCAUACAGACAGCUCCACAGGGCUGAGCCGCAGUCCACCUGAACCUCUGCAUGUUUUCAUCGUCCCACAGGCAUUCUUGCAGCACAGCAGUGUCACAUCCGCUUGCUCUGGGUGCCCUGUGACAUGCCCAGGGCUUGCGAGGCCAAGAUCAGACCCAGGCUGCGAGAGCCUCCCUCUAAGGCUCUCCCCAACCGUGUCUUUCAGAUCCUGGGCAUGGCCUUCUCCAUGACGCUCUUCCAGCACAUCCACCGGACUGGUAAAAAGUACGAUGCGUGACGGGCUGC